GUACUGUUGCCAGAGUAUUGUCAGUGUACAGGUGAGCCUGGACCCUCUGAAGGCAAGGAGGAAACCAAAAGAACUCUAGUCUUUCUCACAAGCUUUCUGCAUUUUCAAAUUUUCUUUGGACAGUUCACAUUAGCUGCAAAGUGUUUGAAAAAUCAUGCUUCAAACAAACACAAUCCUCAUCCUUCAGAUACCGCUAACCCUCUCCAUUUCCCCCAAUUUCCUUUCCCGUCUCCCUGCUCACUUUUAGCCGGUCACAGAUCUCCCCAAGGACACGGGGUCUCCGGCAACCGAGGCAUGACCACUUUUCAAACAUUCUUUGUCACUGGUAAGUCAAGAGUUUCAGCUCGACAGCCACCUGAAAAUCACUUUUUGACAAAAACCUGAGGCGAUCCGGUUACGCCGCAAGAAUGAGUCAUUGUCCGGGCCUCACAAUCGCAGCUACCCAGAUGUCGCUGCCAGCAACCUUGAGAGUUCUUGUGCAGGAAGAAAAGAAGUCCGCCACAGUGAUUAGGCGAGCACUGCAACUGCACUGAUUUAAAAGGAUAAGUGGGUUCGUUCGACAAACAGCUCAGGUUUUAGCAGCACCUCAGUGAUUACGAGAGCUCUUUAGGCUAAAGCUUUCCUCUGGAUUCCUACCAACCACUGGUGAAUUGAGAUAAUGAGCUCCCUGUGCUAUGGUGCCAGUUUGCAAUUAUUGCACACUUUGUUGAGAAUAUUAGCUUGCAAGAUUAGGAUUAAGAAUUUUGUGGCUAUCUGAUUGUCCAAACCUACAUCUGAAGAAAGAAAAAAAAAAGCCAUUGGGCUCUCUGUCUCAGUCUCCUCUUUGCUUGGCUUUGUCCCACCUUAAGAGCCCGGACUGAAGGAAUGCCUCACGUAUCGGGUGACCCAUUGCCCCGACGGCCUCUGCUCCUUGCCCAGAUCACGGGGAGGGAGUGCACCGGGCGGGCGCUGUAUUCCGUGUCACAAAAGCACCUUUCUACACAACAGGGACACAGAGAAUGGGCCACAGCACAGUGGUUCUUUUUGGGUCUCGGCCCACCAUAGUGGGAUUGCGGACCUCCCCCUUUUUUGCUUUACCCACAAAAAACACCCCUAACCCCCAAUGAUGAGAUGUUCUUUCACCCAAGCCUGGCAGAGGUAACAGAAGGACCUGGAGCUCCUGGUGUGGCAGACGAAACAUCGCUAGAGAGGAUAAAUGACUUUACUACUCAUACACAUUUGGAUCCCAGUCAACAAUGAGGAUUAUAUCCUGCCAGUGGACUCUUGUGGCUGUAGCUGUGGUUUCAAUCACCGUGGUAUUCUGCACUAAGACCAAACCUACAGCGAAACCAAAGUACCUGUAUACAAAGAAGCCCGCUCCACAUGUCACGCCGCACAACCCUGUCACUACCAGUGUCCCCAAGACUCUGAAGAUAGUGGUGACGCCAAACCCCGUGCAGCCUCAGCCGCAGCCGCCGCCUCCGCCGCAGCCCACCGCAGUGAGGACCACCUACGUGAACCACAACCUUCCACAGCACUACAGUGAAAACACUGAGCCCACAGGUGUUGGUCCUGACAACUACACGCUGGACUACAACGAGUGCUACUUCAACUUCUGUGAAUGCUGUCCCCCCGAGAGGGGCCCCAGGGGGUCGAAGGGAGAAAGAGGCUCAGCAGGACUAGCUGGUGAUAUAGGGCCUGCGGGACCACAGGGUAUACCCGGACCACCUGGCAUGAGCGGUCCAAUGGGCUUUAAAGGAGAUAAAGGGGAAAAAGGUGAGAGAGGACACCCUGGAACAUCAGGCCCACCAGGGAUUCCAGGAAAACCAGCACAAAAAGGUGAAGCUGGCCUCAAAGGAGAAAAAGGUGACGUAGGAUUUCAAGGUGUCAAAGGUGAACAAGGAGAAAAAGGAGACCAUGGCCAGAAUGGAACUGCUGGGGAGAAAGGGGAACCAGGACUGGAAGGGCCUGUUGGACCUCCAGGAACAGCUAUGGGUCAGGGUCCUAAAGGAGAAAAGGGAGAUAAAGGAGACUGUGGCAUAUUUGGGGAGAGAGGUCCUAAAGGUGACCGAGGGGAAACCGGGGCUCCGGGCAUUCAGGGUGCAAUGGGAAUUCCAGGAUUACAUGGCAAACAUGGCACCCCUGGGCCCGUCGGCAUUAGAGGGGAUCCAGGACACCCCGGACCUCCAGGAGAGCCAGGAGUGUCAGGGCCUCAAGGGCCGCAAGGGAUACGAGGGAUGCCCGGGCCAAAAGGGGACAGAGGGUACCCUGGCAUCAGAGGUGAGCGGGGCUUUCGUGGAUUAAAAGGAGCAAAAGGUUCAGGAAUGCUUCAGAAACGCUCUGCCUUCAGUGUCGGCAUCUCUCCAAAGAAAUCCUUUCCUCCCUCUGGCUUCCCGAUCCGCUUUGACAAGAUAUUCUACAACGAAGAAAACCACUUCAAUAUGAGCUCCAACCGCUUCACAUGCGUCCACCCCGGGGUUUACGUCUUCUCCUUCCACAUCACCGUGCGGAACCAGCCUCUGCGAGCCACACUUGUGGUGAACGGGUUACGGAAAGUCAGGACACGGGACUCCCUAUACGGCCAGGACAUUGACCAGGCAUCCACUCUGGUGGUGUUGAGACUGGCAGCUGGAGAUCAGGUCUGGAUGGAGACAUUCAGAGACUGGAAUGGGGUUUACGCCAGCAGCGAGGACGACAGCAUCUUCUCCGGGUUCCUUCUGUACUCAGACAAAGCCUGAAGCCCCUUUUUGUUUGCGACACCGGCGACUUCUUUCUUCUGCUGAACUGUUACAACCUCACCACACGGGUGAAAUCACCAAAUACUGAGGGUGCUACUCUGUAACUGUGAAUUAUUUGUCUGUAAGUUUGUUAUUAUCAUCAAACGUCUGGUUCAAAUUCUCUCAUUUAGAAACUUCUAAGUAAACCAACCACUCAUGACCUCAAGAGACAAAACGGACAGCUGCAAUGACAGAAAAUCAAGUCAUAAUAUGGGAAAGGAAGUGCAAAAUGAAUGUAUGCAAAUGAAAGUAAACCAACAGAAAAGAAAACAACUAGUAAAUAUAUAAGAUAAAACCAAUGUUUAUAUAAAUAAAGAGUUAAUGUGAAAGAACUGCUUGUCAAUAAUGUAUGUAGUACAUGCAGCCAUAUAAUCUCACAAAAGCAUUCAAAAGUACAACUAUUAAGUGCAUUUUGGCAACAUGGACAAAAACCCCACUUAGGAAUAAUAGUAAAUGACAGAUUUUAAUAAAAUUACUGGGUGAAAACAAUUUUGGCAAUGACAAAAUAGGGUAUGAAUACUUUUGCAAGGCACUGUAUUGUGAAAGAUUUUUAAAAAUAUUUUGCAAUUUUUAAUUCCUCCGUCUAACAAUUUCUCUCUUCCUGUAAAAUGAACUGUUUUUUUUCCCCUCAGGUAAAUGCUAACACACGAUCAGCUUUGCAUGUCAAACACAAACAUCUCCUGUCAUCUUCUUCCUUAUGUGUCUUUUGCUGUUUCUUUAUGUUUACUAGACAUGUCCAGUGCCAGAAGAAAUUAUUAUCACCCCUUCAAAUUUUCCACAUCUUGUUUCAUUAAAGAUUUAUUCAAAAACCUCUUAGAGUAUAGUUCUUAAAAUUUUUUUUUUAAAAAUCAACACAAAACAAUCCAUUAUUGUCAAAUGUAAAAGAUCCUUUCAAGGUUUUUUGUAAAUGUAUAGAACAAAUAUAAUAGAUUAAUAAUUGUUAAUUAUACUACUACUACUACUAAUAAUAACAAUAAUAAUAAUAAUAAUUGCUAAGGUUGUUUGGUCUUUCCAGAGAUAUGUAAUUGAAUUUUAUUCGGUCCCACUGUCUGAUGUUGCUGCAGGAACAGAUAGCUCCUGAAGAUUUCUCGCCAGUGUGCUUCGGGUAAUUGUGGUCUUCACAGGUGAAUUGCUGACUUAGUUCAGGGGCAUCUUAGACUCAGGUUUUCGGAAGAUGUUUUUAUAUUUGGUAACUGUUAUUUUAGGGUUAGGGUUUUUUUUUUUCUCCAGGUAUGAUGCUUGACGUUUAGACCAAAUGUUCUGUUUUGGGUUCAUCAGACCAGACGAUUCAUUUUCUUGAUCUGUAAGUCGCCAAGGUGUGUUUCGACAAGAUUCAAAGGCUGACAUGUCUGUCCGGUCACUGCCACAAAGGAUCGGUAACUUGAGAAUUAGCAAUGGUUGAUUUUCUAGAUGUUUCCGUCUCCACAAAUGAAACCUGGACCUCUGCCUAAAAAACUACAAGGUUCAUGAUUAGCUUUUUGACCGAUGCCCUUCUUCCCUCAGGAUUCAGUUAGAAUUUGCAGCCAGAACCAGGACGAUUUUGGAACCAAGCUUCUUCCACGUCCAAAUAAUAUUGGUCAAAACGCUUUUUGGGGCGUCCAAAAUCUGUGUUUUGACACAAUUCAGUCUCUGAGAUCCACAGACAAUUCGUUUGACUUAAUUGCUUGAUUUCCCCUCCGAUACGCACUGUCAGCUAUGAAAUCACAUAUAGACAAGCGCGUAUGAUUUCAGAUGACUUUACCAAGGAUGGACUCAAAUGAAGUUGAAGAAGCAUCUCAAGGAUGUACCCCAUAUGUUACAUUAUUUUCUUAACAUCCAAGAAUAUUUGAACAUGUUUCCACUGUUAUUUUGUGCUAAUUUAUGUAGAAAACUACACUUUAAUCAGUUACAGAAUAUGUCUGUAACAUAAACUGUGGAAAACACAAAGGAGUGUAAAUCUGACAACACUGUAACUAUCUUGACUGUCACAGCAAAAGUGAGUAUUUAGUAAGCAAAUAAUGUCUCUGUGAUCUGCUAUUAUUUUUUUCAAACUUUUGUUAUCUUAUAAAUCUUUUUCUAGUGCAGAAGAUUCUAGUAAUAUCUAUUGGCAAGUUUUGGCAUGUUUUCCAAUAUUUAAAAUGUUUUUGAUGUGCUGUAGGAUUGUUAUAAAGGUUAAUUGAAAAUAAAGUCAACCGUUCAUGCA